AGCUUUUGCGGCCCAAGCAGUUAGCGAGUCACCGAGGGGCAUUCUGCAUGCAUUCUCAUGGUUCUAUGUGUUCAUAACCGUCCCAUUUUGGAACGCUUUCGAGUACUUUGUACGAUAUGCCUUGUCUUCGAUGCAAUAUUUAUGCUCAUAUUUGCCUUGUCGGGAUUGUCUGCUAGCGCCUACUCAGCGGAGACAAAAUGCUACGAAGAGAAUGGCUAUUCCUGGCACAACAUCCUGGCCUUGAGUUUCAUCGUGUCCGCUGUUUUCGCAGCAUGGGGUGUGCUUCUGCAUGGUGCCGUUGUGAUCAGUGGAGAAGGAGCACCACUCAAGAGUGUACAGCUCACCGGGGUAUCUCGUUAUGGCCACAUUCUGGUCGCCUGGACGUUUUUGGCAGCUGUCUUAGAAGCUAUUGCAUCCCGACAGCAGCCUCUUGAAUGCUCUGGCGAGAUGCAGGGAGUGCUCGCAGAGCCUGCACUUGGAGAUGUGGACAGUCAAGCCCUCACCCGCGCGCAUGUGAGUGCCUUGUGGCAGAUGGUCUCCACAGUCAUGUGGCUCAUUUGGGUGGUGGCAGCAGUGGCAGCGGCAAUGUCCUCAAAGCGCUGCAUGCUCGCACUCGAAGAGGCCCAAGUAUCUCAAAGACAAGACAGCGAGGCUCAAAUGGUUGGAGUUCCAGUGCAGGAGGAACUGCCAAGUGGUACUGUCGUUGGUGUUGCAACUCCAUCUCUUCAAGGAGAUGUUCCAAGCCAGCCCACUUUUCAAGGAAUGCCCGUAGCAGUCGCAGAUGGAGUUUGCCAAGGUAUGCCUGUGCGGGAUGAGGCUGGAAAUAUGAGCCAUCCUCCUACAGGUAUACCGAAGCAAGUUUAGCAUCAGUAGUGUCCUAGACGCUGUGAUGACUAUGCCGGAAUGUUUCACAGCACCAAUCUUAGAACAGAGGAUGAGGAUCUGAAA